UGUGCGCCAUUUUGUAUCAGAACUAACGUGAUUUCUGCUGAGUUGUAGUUCGCUUCAUAUUUGGCCGGCUGAUUUACCUGUCAUCAGGCCUCCGUUUCUUCAGGUUUCACUCUUUUAGACAAACGAACACAGGGCAGUUUCUUUAAAAAAAGAACAUUAGGACACCUUGUCAAUAAUGUUCCGCAACCAGUAUGACAACGAUGUGACAGUAUGGAGUCCACAAGGACGUAUCCACCAGAUAGAGUAUGCCAUGGAAGCUGUCAAACAGGGAUCAGCUACAGUCGGGCUGAAGUCCAAGACACAUGCUGUACUUGUGGCCUUAAAGAGGGCGUCCUCCGAGCUGUCUGCCCAUCAGAAGAAGAUCAUCCCUAUAGACGACCACGUUGGAAUUUCAAUUGCAGGGCUCACAUCGGAUGCCCGACUUCUAAGUAAGUUCAUGAGGACGGAGUGCUUGAAUUCACGCUACGCCUUUGACACUGCUCUUCCAGUCUCCAGGCUAGUUGCUAUGAUUGGAAACAAAUCCCAAGUCAAUACGCAGCGGUACGGCCGCAGACCGUUUGGAGUGGGUCUUCUUGUAGCUGGCUAUGAUGAGAAGGGGCCACACAUUUACCAGACCUGCCCUUCUGCCAACUACUUUGAGUGCAAGUGCAUGGCGAUUGGUGCACGCUCCCAGUCAGCACGGACAUACCUUGAGAAACACUUGAAUGAAUUCCUCGACUGUACACAAGAAGAACUAGUGAAGCACGGACUGAGAGCAUUGCGGGAUACCCUACCCAAUGAGACAGAACUUAGCACCAAGAACUGCUCAGUAGCGAUUGUGGGUUUGAACCAGAAGUUUGCCAUCUAUGAAAAUGAUGACGUCGCAGCCUAUCUAUCUGGUAUUGAGACUUCUGCUCGAGCCAAACGUGCCGCUGCAGCGGCUGAAGAGGACAAACCGGCCAAGGACGCAUCCGCUAUGGACACUGGCGGUGACGAAAGACCAUCAAGGGAAGGCCCAAUGCCAGCUGAGGCACAAGCAGAACCCAUGGAGCAGUAGGAGGGCCAACCAGAACCCAUUAAGCAGGAGGGGCAACCAGAACCCACGGAGCAGUAGGAGAGGCAACCAGAACCCAUAGGAAGGAACCCUAACAGGGGCGGGGAAUUGGGGGUUGAUACAGUAGUUUCUGUUGCUGCAGAUUCUGGCUGCCGUUUGGGCUUAGCUGACACCAAACACCUGAAUUUUAAGCCAUUUUAAUCCAAAAACCAUAGAGUGCCCAGGAGAUUGAAUUUGGCAAAGCGGUUAACUUUCUUCGGUUUGAGGGAUCUAGGAAAUGGGUAUCAUUCUCAGCUACGAAGUAGGGGAGAAUUUUUCAGAUUUUGUUGAAAGUGUCACAUUUUCCAUUUUACCUUGCUCCAUGCACUUCUUUUAGAACAUUGUAAUAUUCCUGUCGGUCUUAUGCUGGGUAUGUUUCCUUUCGGAUGCUGGAUUGAGGGGAGUGGCAUAUAAAAGACAAAUGAAGGCGGAAGUUGUAACCAACUAACAUUUGUCAGUUUGUUUAAUGUUAACUCUCAUCCCCUCUCCUCUCCCAUGUGAACGUUACCUCAUCUUCAUCAUAAAUUUGACUGCACUUGAAAAAAGGCAUGGACAAACUCUCGGUUCAGACAGGCGUGCUAGAGUUGCGCCGAUCCAAAUUAAAGGCAAGAUUUAAAUUAAGUACAUGAAAGGUUCGACGUCUGAAACAAAUCUGAGCGACUAGACGCGCUAGAUUGCGAAAGAUCGACGGUCGGAGUCGUUCAGAACGACUCGGGAGUAACUUGGUUUCAGACGUCGCUCUAACAGAUGUCCAUGCACCCUCCCCUUCCAACAUCUUAAAUUGAACAAAAAAAAUAUCUCAUUUGCCUUCACUGCCACCCUUGAAAAUCUAUGCAUCCUGGGUGCCCCCCCCCCCCCCCUCUGUUUGGCCUUUUGCCUGUCUCAUGGGGUGAGUUAACCUUUUGCUUAGUGUGGAUUGAGCAGAGCUCAAGUCAAUACUAUCGUGUCGCCAGUUCCUUUUCAUCCACUGUUUAUUGUCACUUAGUGUAGUAGCAAAAUCAUAACUUCAUGUCAUUUUUUUGUAUAGUGUGAAGAAGCAAGUAAUUCUGAAUAAAUGAUGAUCAUUUGUGCAGUUGAAUUAA